AUGGCCAUUACGCCGACCCAAUUCGCCAAGAAGACGGCGCAGUCGACCAGCUGGUCGGAUGCGAAGCGUCGAGUCCUUUCUUCGUACCGCGAAUGGAUCCGAGCUGCGCCUGAGAUCCAGACCAUGUACAAUGUCCCUCUCCCCAUUUCUACUCUCCGGACACGGAUGCGACAAGAGUUCGAGCGACACCGAUACACGAACCAGCUGUCCAUAGUUGACGUGCUUCUCUUCAAGUCCCAUGCAGAGUACCAGGAAACAAUGAACUUCUGGAAGCAGCAGACUCACAUCUUGUCUUAUUUCGGCGAGAACUUUAGAGGAGAGAAGAGGCUUCCGUCCAGCUUCAUGGCUGGCUUCCUUGAGGGUCGAAAUUAG